AUGAUCAUCAGUUAUUUCAAUACACAUUGGAACGACUCCCCUGAGGAACCCCAUGUCUGUGUACACCCUGAUCUUCAAGUCGAUGACCCAAUAAUGCUCAAGUUUACCAAGGCGGCAAGGCCUAUAAAUUGUAAGAGCUACACGAAUUGGGCCACCGUUGAAAACGGGACUAUUCGUUACACGAAAAUCGCCUUAAACUACCACGGCGAUUUUAAGUGUGUUUAUUAUCCUUUGAUUCGAGGCCCAGGGGAUUAUAACAUUACAUUUGGUGAGCCUUUUCCUGUGAAAAAUGGAAGUCCCUUAGUGUCGAAUUUCUUCAAACUUGAAUGUAACCCUUCUUUAAAAAGGACGCAUUAUUUAAACAUCCACGCUGGGGUGUUUGUGAACCAGACGAUCAAAGACAGGCUCAAGCUGACCAAACCUCCAGCCAACGGUCUGGGACUGUCUGUGGCGCUACUAGGGUUUGAUUCCAUGUCCAGAAUGUCCUGGCUGAGACGGAUGCCAAAGACCAGAGAGUAUCUGGUCAACACGCUAAAGGCGAUAGAGCUGGAAGGUUACAACAUCUUGGGGGACGGGACGCCGGCGGCGUUGUUGCCGAUCCUGACAGGCAAGCACGAGCAUGAGCUACCGGAAGCCAGGAGAGGAAAAUUUAACGCUCAGCCUGUUGACGUUUUCCCUUGGCUGUGGAACGACUUUAGAGGUCAAGGUUACGUCACCUCCUGGGCUGAUGCUGAUGUUGAUAUCGCCCCUUUCAACUACCGAAUGCUGGGAUUCAAACACCAGCCUACUGACUACUUUAUGAGGCCGUUUUACUUGGCCGUGAACCCAACUUACAAGAAAUACAGCCGUAUGUGCCAUGGAUCCGAACCCAAGCAUAUGGUCUGGCUCAACUGGAUUCGUGACAUUUUCUACAUGUACAAAGACGACCCGAAGUUUAUGGUCCACUUCUACACACCACUGAGUCACGGCGACAACAACCUCAUUACACUG